AUGACGGGACUAACACUCCCACCUCUCACUCUUUUUCUUUUUUCCCUCGUAUUGUUCCUUCUUGUCGGACCCACGCUGGUGAUCGCAUCUCCUGAUCCUACCUCUCCCAAUGUUAAGCGAGAGCGACUGGUCGCUCAAGCUCCUUCGAACACUGAAAUCACCCCAAUAGAAACUAAGAAUAUAGAAAGAGGAAUCACCACCCUUCCCGUACUUCCUCGAAAUGAUCAUCCAACUUCCCCGCCUCGUCUUCCCCGACAACCGAACCGUUUAGUACCUCAACCCACAAAGAGGGCCGAGGCUCUCAUCGAGAAUGAUUCGGUUGAACGUUUCAUCGACGACGUCAAGGUGGAGAGAAGAGAUGAGAUUGGAAUAGGAAAAAGAGAUGAUGCUUGUUCUAUAGCCAUCAACAUUAAUCUCUCUGAUAAAACAGCUCCAGCUAUAGACCUACCAUCAUGUUUAGACGGACUGGAUUUACAAUUGGGUAUCAACCUUGAUCUCACGGACGAUGACGGUGGUGAUGAUGACUGUGAAUUGGGUGGAGGGAAUUUUCUGGCUCAUUCGGAAACUUCAAGUAAUACCAAACCACCGGCUUCUACAUCUAAAUCGGCCAAUCCAGGUAAAUCAACUCCUGGAAAUGGUGGUAAUGAUUCAGAUAAUAUCGUUGCGCUUUCAUGGCAUGUUUUCGGAGGGAAUGGAUACGAUGGUCCGAGUUGUGGCAAGACUUUGACUAUCGUCACUUCAAAGGGAAAACAAGCAACUGCUGUAGUUGCGGAUGAGUGCGCAAGCUGUCCCGAUAUGUAUCACGUCGACAUGUCAACCGGUCUAUUCUCAGCUCUAGGACUGGACAAGAGUACAGGCGAAUACGUGGUGAAAUGGCAAUGUCCCGACUGCGUAUUCGAGGAAGAUCCGACCAUAGGAGGAUGCAAGAAUAAUCCUGGUGGACAAUACUGUUGA